UUACGAUAGGUGUCUCAUACUGUCUCAUACCUACCGAAGAAAAUUAAAUAAAUUAUCCUAAGAAAAUCUUAUCGGUGGCUUCGUUUGCGAUCAGUUCAUAGCACAGGCACAAAUGACGAACCAGGCGUCUCCGGUGGAGGAGCAGGAGAAACUCCUGGAUGAGGCGUUGAAUACAGUCAAAGUGCAGGCAUUUCAGAUGAAGAGAUGCCUGGACAAGUCGAAGCUGAUGGAUGCUCUGAAGCACGCCUCCACCAUGCUGGGAGAGUUGAGGACUUCACUCCUGUCUCCUAAAAGCUAUUAUGAGCUUUACAUGGCCAUAACGGAUGAGCUUCGUCACCUCGAGCUGUACCUACUUGAAGAGUUCCAAAAAGGUCGCAAGGUAGCCGACCUCUAUGAGUUGGUGCAAUAUGCUGGCAACAUCGUCCCGCGGUUGUACUUGCUUAUAACUGUGGGGCUCGUGUAUAUCAAGACUAAUAGUAAUCUGAGGAGAGAUUUAUUGAAGGAUCUUGUGGAGAUGUGCAGAGGAGUACAGCAUCCGCUCCGAGGUCUCUUCUUGAGGAACUACCUCCUGCAGUGCACCAGAAAUGUGCUACCUGAUACCUCGGAGGCACAGAAUGAGAAUGAAGGCGUUGUAAAAGAUGCGAUCGACUUUGUCCUGAUGAACUUCGCUGAAAUGAACAAACUGUGGGUCAGGAUGCAGCAUCAGGGUCACUCCAGAGACAAAGAGCGUCGCGAACGCGAACGUUCCGAACUACGCAUCCUAGUAGGCACGAACCUAGUCCGCCUCUCUCAACUGGAGUCUGUCACAGUGGAAGACUAUGGACGCCUGGUGCUGCCCGGCAUCCUGGAGCAAGUCGUCAGCUGCCGGGACGCGAUAGCCCAGGAGUACCUCAUGGAGUGCAUCAUACAGGUGUUCCCCGACGAGUUCCACCUGGCGAAUCUUCAGCCGUUCCUGAAGUCGUGCGCUGAACUACAGCCAGGAGUUAACAUCAAGAACAUCAUCAUAGCGCUUAUUGAACGACUUGCUACUUAUAGCCAGAGAAACGAAGGCAACAUAAACCUGAGCGUGGUGAUGGAAGAUGGCAAGGAACAGGAGGUGCAACUCUUCGAAGUGUUCUCAGACCAGGUGGCUGCUAUCACACAGUCUCGCACAGACAUGCCCCCAGAAGACAUGUUGUCCCUUCAGUUGGCACUACUGAAGCUAGCGCAGCGCUGCCACCCUGACAAACUCAACUAUGUCGACAGAGUUCUCGCUCACACUGACAAAAUUUGUGCUGAUAUACAUCAGGCUAGCGGCAAAACCCACUUAGAACACAACACAGCAGUUUUCAAAGAACUCAUGAAGAUCCUCAAGCUGCCGGCAGACCACUAUAAGAAUAUUCUGACACUGAUCAAACUUCAGAACUAUGCGCCGCUGAUCAAGCAUCUGAACCAUCCGGGCAGGAUAAUGAUCGCUGUUCAUCUGAUCAACGAUGUUUUGGAAACUGAUUGCAUGAUUUCUACGCCAGAGGAUGUGGAAGCAGUACUGGCUAUGUUAGACGUUUUAGUAAAAGACCAACCGGACCAACCGACUACAGAGCCUGAUGUUGAAGAUUUCAUGGAAGAACAGGGCUUGUUAGCAAGGUUAAUCCACCACUUCAAGUCGGACUCAGCGGAUCGUCAGUACCUGAUCCUGUCGUCAGCCCGCAAGGCGCUGCAGGCGGGCGGCGCGGCGCGGGUGCGGCACAGCUUCCCGCCCAUACUGUUCCACGCGUACAGUCUAGCGCAUACAUACAGGGAGCUGAGGGAUACUGACGAAAUGUGGGAGAAGAAAUGUCAGAAAAUAUUCCAGUUUUGCCAUCAGACUAUCAGUAUGUUAGUCAAAGCUGAGCUAGCGGAAUUGCCUUUGAGAUUAUACCUACAAGGCGCCCUCGCGAUCAGUGAAAUAGGUUUCGCGAACCACGAGACUAUCGCGUACGAGUUCCUCUCGCAGGCGUUCUCGUUGUACGAAGACGAGAUAUCCGACAGCAAGGCGCAGUUGGCUGCUAUUACGCUGAUUAUAGCUACUUUCGAACAGAUUAAUUGCUUUGGUGCUGAAAACGCAGAGCCAAUGCGUACCCAAUGCGCUCUAGCGGCCAGCAAGCUACUGAAGAAGCCCGACCAGAGCCGCGCAGUGGCCUUGUGUGCUCAUCUCUUCUGGAAGGCCGCUAAGGAUGGAAAACAGUGGCAUCUAAACGAGGCAUCUCGUGCACUAGACUGCUUGAAGAAGGCAGGCCGCGUGGCGCAGCAGUGCAUGGACGGCGGCGUGCAGGCUCAGUUGCUGGCGGAGCUGCUGGGCCGGUAUGCGCUACUGCGGGAGCGGGGCAACGAGGCGCUUACUACUAACCUUAUUGACGCCGUGAUCCAAAAAAUCCGCGAAGAAUUAGCGAACCUAGACCAAUCUGAGGAAGUGGAACAGAUCACGAAGCACUUCCACAAUACACUGCAGCAUCUCAAGAACAGGAUGGAGUGUCCUGACCCUGAGGGCCUGGGCUAUGAGGGCCUUAAUCUGGCUUAGGGUAACGCGUAUAAAGGCCUUACCUUGUCCUAGGCUCUAGUCUAGCUUAAGAUAUAGGGUAAAAUUG